CCAAUCGCCACGUACUACUGAUCGCCCUGAACGAUACCCUUGGCGGUGGCUGGGAGCGGCAUCACCUGCAUUAACGCGGCUAGGGUUCUCCAACCACCAAGAAGCGGUCAGUAAGCUACAUAAGCCCAUCAGCGAUCCGAACUCUCCCCACGAGCUCGCAUACUCCAAGAUUGACGAGCACGACUAUCGCAUCCUUCAACGAGGCCAGUGCUUGAUUGACAUCUGGAACCCCUCACUUGGUCCUGUCAUCCUUCAAACCCAGCCACCGCGACUUCAGCUCAGCUUUUCAGCUCCGGAUAGCUGAUUGACUGCGAAUUUGCAACGGCUCCAUCUCUAAAGUGAAUACAACACAUACAAAAGCCAUCAUGGGCUGGUUCACAGGCACCUCCUCUCGCUCCCACAGCCGCCCUGGCUAUGCCCGCUCUUCCGCUGGCUCAUCAUACUCUACCCACCGCGGCUCCACCUCCUCCUACAAGCGCCGCCCGCGUGACGGUUACAUCCAAUCUAUGCUACACAAGUUCAAGCGACUUUUACGGCGGCUUUACGACUACGCGCGCCGCCACCCCUACAAAGUCUUCUUCAUGGUCGCCAUGCCGCUGAUCUCAGGCGGCGUGUUACACAAGACAGCGAAGCAGUUUGGGAUCCAGCUACCGGACUUUCUGAAGGGAAGCGGUGCGCACCAGAGCAGAGGAGGGGGGGGAUACUAUGGUAGUGAGGGGUAUGGACGUGACGAGAUGGGUGGUGGGAUGGGUGGAUUGGGUGGACUGGGGUCUAUCGCGAGCGGCAUGGGGGGAUUGGGGAGCAUGGUGAAGAUGGCGCAGGCGUUUAUGUGAGGCAAUGGAUGAGAUGAUACCGUGCGGGAGGAGUUGGUUCGUACGUUUGGGUUGCGAAGAGAGAGGACGACCCAAUUUGGAGCAGGGCAGUCUUUCAUUACCUGGCCUCUACGAUUAUACCCAGUUUGAGGGCCUCCGAGGGGCUCACAUUCGAAGAUCUCAUUUUUCAUUGGCUCGCCUUGACGAAAUUGGACCUAAUGGGAGGUUUGCUUGUCUCUUUUAACUUUCUUUGGCACUAUGGAACGGCUUUACGAUUCGGCAUCUGACCCCUUUAUGAUUGGAUAUGCCACUUCACCUUGUACUCUUAUUGUAUAAACUUGGCCAUCCCAAGAGGAGUCAAGCAAGUGUACAGUACAGUGCAUGCAAGGUGGAUGGAAACUCAGACUUGUACGAGAUAAAGCGACUGGUCUGGGGAGGAACUAAAAGGGGGAG